GGAGGCUAACGAGGCUAAGUACCUGUCUGCAAGUGUUUUCUACCUUUCACAUAUGUGCACUUUUUCCAUUCCUGUUCAUGUUUCUUCUCAUAGAUAUUACAAACCUCACACUCACCCACAGCAUCACCGUAACCUGUCCUCACUUAUCUAUCCCACCUGCUCCACACACAUCCAACACCUUGUUGCAGGGGGCCUGUGGAACUGCCAGUCAGCUACCCGCAAGACUGAGUUCAUCUCUGGCUUUGCUACUGAGCAAUGCCUGGACUUCCUUGCUCUCACUGAGACUUGGAUAACACCCUCCAACACAUCCACCCCUGCGGCUCUCUCCCCCGCCCACUCCUUCUCCCACACACCCAGAUCCACUGGAAGAGGUGGCGGGACAGGUCUGCUCAUCAACCCCAACUGGACUUUCACUCUUUACCCACUGCCACACUUCUCUUCACAGUCGUUUGAAUUUCAUGCUGUAACUGUAACUCACCCAGUAAAACUCAUCAUUGUCGUCAUCUACCGUCCACCAGGCCCAUUGGGACACUUCUUGGAGGAACUAGAUGUCCUCCUCUCAAAUAUCCCAGAAAAUGGCCCACCACUUGUUCUUCUUGGUGACUACAACAUCCAGUCAGAGAAGUCAUCCGAUCUACUUCUUCUACUUUCCUCUCUUUCUCUCUCACUUGCUCCCUCUCCACCAACUCACAAAGCUGGCAACCACCUUGACCUCAUCUUCACCAGAAACUGCUCCACCUCCAACCUCAAGCUCCGACACACAUGUAGCAGAACGGAUCUCUGCUUGUCUGACCGACAUCUCUCAGUGGAUGUCUGACCAUCACCUGAAACUCAAUCUCGACAAGACUGAGUUUCUUUUUCUCCCAGGAAAGGGCUCUCCCACCACUGACCUGACCAUCACCCUCGACAACUCUGUGGUAACUCCUUCUCAUACCGCAAAGAACCUGGGUGUGACACUUGAUGACCAUCUCUCCCUCACUGCCAACAUUGCUGCAACAGCUCGAUCUUGCAGAUACAUGUUGCACAACAUCAGAAGGAUACGGCCUCUUCUAACCCAGAAGGCGCCACAGGUUCUGGUCCAGGCUCUUGUCAUCUCACGCUUGGAUUACUGCAACUCCCUCCUGGCUGGUCUCCCUGCGUGUGCCAUACGACCUCUCCAACUCAUCCAGAAUGCAGCAGCUCGACUGGUCUUCAACUUACCAAAAUUCUCCCACACUACACCGCUCCUCCACUCCCUUCACUGGCUUCCUGUAGCUGCUCGCAUCCGCUUCAAGACUCUAGUGCUUGCGUUCAAUGCUACAAACGGAUCCGGUCCAGCCUACAUCCAGGACAUGAUCAAAACCUACACCCCAGCCCGCCCACUCCGCUCUGCAUCAGCAAACCGGCUCACUGCCCCCUCACUGCGAGGAUCGCAGAGGCAUUCGCAGAACUCGAGACUGUUCACUGUCCUAGCUCCCAAAUGGUGGAACGAGCUCCCCAUCAACAGCCGGACAGUGGAAAGCCUCCACAUCUUCUGCCGCCGACUAAAAACACAUUUCUUCCGACUC